AGCCGAGCUGCAGCUGAGCACCAUGCUGGUGCCGCCGGACAUGAUGGCCGCCCAGACGCGCAUGGUCUACCAGAUGAACCGAUUCUGUGCGGAGAGGGUGCAGGCCAGAAUGUUCAAGACGGCCACCGCCAUCCGGGAGAUCUGCAAGAUCGUCCAGGACAUCCUCAAGGAGGUGGAGCUGCAGGAGCCGCGGUUCAUCUCCAGCCUCGUCGAGUGCAAUGGCAGAUUCGAGGGCGUGGAGGUGAUAGCUCCAAACGAAUUCGAGAUAGUGCUGUAUCUGAACCAAAUGGGAGUCUUCAACUUCGUGGACGAUGGCACCUUGCCGGGCUGCGCUGUUUUGAAGCUGAGCGAUGGAAGGAAGCGGUCCAUGUCCCUGUGGGUGGAGUUCAUCACGGCCAGUGGAUACCUGUCCUCGCGGAAGAUCCGUGCCCGUUUCCAGACGCUGGUGGCGCAGGCCUGCGACAAGAGUGUCUACCGCGACAUGGUCAAGAUGGUGGGCGACACCAGCGAGGUGAAGCUGCGCAUCCGGGAGCGAUUCGUGGUGCAGAUCACGCCGGCCUUCAAGUGCUCCGGCAUCUGGCCAAGAUCGGCAGCCCACUGGCCGGUUCCACAUCUGCCGUGGCCACAUCCCAACAUCGUGGCGGAGGUCAAGACGGAGGGAUUCGACCUUCUGUCCAAGGAGAGCGUCGUCAUGCAGAGCAAGAACAACAAUGCCGCCAGCAUGGAGGGCGAUGCCUGGAUCCUCAGCUUCUUCGAGGCCGAAAACCGCCUGCUGCAAGGUGGCUGUCGCCGGCGCUGUCUGAGCAUGCUGAAGACCCUGCGGGACAGGCAUCUGGAGCUACCGGGCAAUCCCAUCAGUGCGUACCACCUGAAGAACCUGCUGCUCUACGAGUGCGAGAAGCAUCCGCGGGACUUUGAGUGGGACGAGAGUUGCAUCGCCGACCGCAUCAAUGGCAUAUUCCUGCAGCUGAUAUCCUGCCUGCAGUACCGCCGCUGUCCCCACUACUUCCUGCCCGCACUGGAUCUCUUCAAGGGCAAGUCGCCCAGUGCUUUGGAGCAGGCGGCCAAGCAGGUGUGGCGGUUGACCCGCGAACUGCUCACCAACGCCAACGCCUUUGAGAAGUUGUAAGGGGUCGAGGGGUCACGUUGGGUCGAUAAUGGCGAUGACUGCUUUUGGCCAGGUUAUUAUUAUUAUUAACUUCCAGUCGUUAGCUUGGAUUCUCUUGCGCUAUUCACACAUUGUUGAACCAACUAAUUCAACCAACUAAUUUAACCCACUAAUUUAGCCAACUUCUUGCUGCAGUCACGCAAAUAUCGACCCAUCGAACGUGGGGGAGUGUUGUGUUUGAGGUGCCAGGCCAGCCGGAGAUUGCAGAUACAUGUGCAAGAUUGAGAUACAUACAUACGCAUGAAUACAGCUCCUUGGCGGCCAUUUUGUGCCAUGUCCGUGUGCCUGUGUGAGUGAGUGAGUGUGUGUGUGACCGUGUGUGUGUGCGUGUGCGAAAGUGUUAAUGCGAAGAUGCGAGAUAAGUCCACUCCCCACUCGACUCAACUCGACUCAACUCGAUGCGAGAUAUAAUCUGCCCAUCCAGGCGUUCCGGCUAAGCCUCGAAUAUUGUUUUUAAUAACUCGCCCCUCGACGCUCACGACGCGUCCUUUGUUUGGGCGGCGAACAAUGGACUCGCCGGCUCGCAAGUCCGGAUGGAAUCGAGAAAUCGAGAAAUGGCCAGAGGAAAAGAGCAUUUGACCGGGCGGCUCCUUUUCCACGGGGGCUGCGCACUCGACAGAUCCUAGAUCAAAGCAAAACGAACACAAAAAUAUAAUAAACAUAUAUUGCAAAAAAGAUGAGAAAACAGGGAGACAGUUUCCAUGGAUCGUUCCAAGUCCCACUUUACAUUGUUUUUUACCACUUACAUACCCACACAUGUCGAUGUCUAUUAUGCGAUGCCUAACAUUUGCCACGAUUAUCCACAGUUUGUUGCCAGUACAACAUAAUCCCAGCUCGCUUGAGUAAAACAAUGCUUGAAUAAAUGCAAGGAUAGC